AGAGAUUCUAGUGUACAUCUUCAUCGAGAAUUAUUUUGUGUCGUCGGUUCCCUUGUGCUUUGCAGUUCGUUUCAUCGAGAUGUAUGGUUCUUUCUUAUAUUGAAUAUCGCAUGGCAUGUUCAAAGUGCCAAGUUUCCUCUCCUUGAUCUCGCGGGCGACUAGAACCGGGGCGUGCCGAGGCGGCGCGUUGAUUUUAGUGUUGCAUGGCUGCGGGGCCGGGUACGCCGUGCUGAAGGGUUGCGAUCGGAACGCAAGGCGAAGCAUGAAUGAAGCCGCUGGGAUCGGAGCGGGAGCGUGUGAUGUUGGGUCUGACUGUUGGGUGCCGAACCGGGCCCAUUUGAAUUGCUUGCGUGGGUACGGCGUUGCUCACAACGCGGCUGUGAAGGCUCUAUACUAUACCGGAAACGAUUGCCCAGAAUUGGCUUUAGCUUGGGUGAUAGAGAACUCGGGAUCGCCGGCGGAAGAGGAGGAACUGCCGCCGGAAUUGCAGCGACACAUCGUCGACGAGAGUGCCGCCAUGGGCAACACGGACAGCCAGAAUAAGCCCCGCGCUGCCGCCGUGGGAGACGAAGGCUACAAGAUGGUGUUUGUCGUGAACACAGAGCUCGGCAUGGGUGUGGGGAAGGUGGCUGCCCAAGUGGGCCAUGCCGCAGUUGGGUUAUUCAGCGACUUGAUUGCCGAAAAAUCUGUAUACGAUCAGAGCGUACGGGCUUGGGAAGAAUAUGGUGCGAAGAAGAUAUGCUUGAAGGGUCAAUCCACUCAGCAUUUAACCGGUCUUCGGGCACACUGUGAAGAAGUGGGCCUGCCGUGUUACCUGGUUCGCGACGCAGGCCGAACCCAGAUCCCGUCGGGUUCGCUCACCGUGCUCGCCGUAUUUGGUCCUGAAUCCCAAGUGAACCUCGUCACCGGUUCACUGCAGCUACUUUAAGAACACGAAUAAUAAAAAAAAACAAUGUCGUGGACGAAGGCUUGAAAGAGAGGAUCUUCCGAGGUCACUGAGGAAGAAAUCGAGGUCGACUCGGUCGUGUUUCGCUCUUGGGAUCAUCGCUAGAUGGAGGUAUCAGGUCAAUCGUGGUUGAGUCCUCUCGUUGACUGCGGAUUGAAACGCCUAACUUAUGGGCGGGAAUUGAUGAACGUAACCGAUGCUAACCUUUUUUUUAAAUUUUAAAUUGCCUGUUUCUUUUGCUUCCGCGCUUCCCGAUUUCAUUGAUAAUCUUUUAUGAAUUCCGCUCUUGUUCUUUCGCGACGCGAGUCACAGUUGUUCCAUCUUCUUGGUUCGUUCAGUCACUGCAUUGUGAUUCCUGUUCGCCUUCACGACGAAUUAAAAACAAUUGUUGGGGAUUAUCGCUCCGUUUUUGAAGUCAUCGCGUACUUUUCUUCUCUUGUUUACGUUGUGAUGCUUGCGAUAAACCGAGAGUAUUUUUUAAAGUUGCGAAUGCAUGAUUAUGAAAUUUGUGUCGAAUCCAAAUGGGAUACCUGAAUUGGAUGAAGGAGCUGAACUUUUUUGGUCAAAUAAAUUGCCAUGAUGACAAAGAUGACGAAUCGGACGCGGCAGUGUGACACGCGAAGUUUCCCCGUUCUGGGGUGAAUUUCGUGGACACCUGUUGUUUGUUGUCGACGAUUGAGGCAUUUGUCUGAGCAUUCUAUUUCUCUGAAAUCUCUCACCAGUCGAAACAAGUUUUUGCUGAAAGAUCUCAAAAACUCUGAAAAUGAUCCGAAAAAGUCCUCUAGGCACCUUCGGAAAAUAUGAGGAAAUAGUCUCAAAUUUAGUUCAACGGGCAUUUUCAGAAUUGACCAUAAACCCUCCAAGAAUUGAACAUGUUGGAUGUAAAAUAAGUUUUUUCUGAGCUUUUAUUUUUCGAACUACUGUAUUCUAUAAUUUCAAGAGAAAGCUCGAUUUAUAGCUUUAAAUGUGCGAGAAGAAAAUAUUGAGGACCAUUUUCUUCCAGGCUUGAACCGGAUACAGAAAAUUAUUUUGGGGAGGAAAAAUCGUGGCAUGUUCUCCGGACAACCGCUUCCGUUUGGGCCCUGGGAAACGAAAAAGAGAAAAAACACUGGCCGUUUCCGGAAUUUAACCUGCUCCUGGUGCAUUGGAGAUUUGUGAAACUUAAUUCAUUCUAGGGAAACUGAUCAAUGUCUUACGAAAUUUCAGAUGUCAGUUUGACUUUCACUCAGCCAUUUCAAUACUUUAUCUGGUUAUUUUAUCUGUUCUCUCUCUUCAGAUGUGUCAAAUUGUUCAUUUUAGGACGCAUGCAGUUGGAAUUAAAGCAGGGGAAAAGUAUUGAAUUUUCAGUUUCAACUUUGAAUGUAACAAAACACAUCAGACUUCAAUUGUGAAAUCGAAGUUUUGAAUUAUGAAAUUUUUUUAAAUUUUUGCUUCCAUAAGAAAACCAUUCUCUGCCACCAUUCUGCAGUUGUACGAAAAAAUCCCGCUGGGGUUUGUUAGGAAAAAGCCAAAGUUCACUCUUCCGUUAUUCGGGCACCAAAAAUUUACUUGAAUGAUGCCAAUAUUCUCCAUUUUCUCAUUACGCAAAUUUCAUAUGAAAUGAUUUUGGUUCAUUUGCACGUGAAUCUACCGACUUUGUUUUCUUCAUAUAGGAAGCAGUGAUCGUGACCAUGAAGAAAAAGGUUCUUUUAAUGGGUAAAAAUGGGUCGGGGAAGACGAGUAUGCGGUCGAUUAUUUUCGCGAAUUAUGUUGCACGUGAUACUCGAAGACUCGGUGCUACAAUUGACGUUGAGCACUCGCACGUGCGAUUUUUGGGGAACCUGUUCCUGAACCUGUGGGACUGUGGCGGUCAAGAAGCAUUCAUGGAGAAUUAUUUCGCAUCCCAGAGAGACAAUAUAUUCAAGAACGUCGAAGUGCUCAUCUACGUGUUCGACGUAGAAUCCAGAGAAUUGGAGAAAGACAUGCAUUAUUACCAGUCGUGCCUCGAAGCAAUUUUGCAAAAUAGUCCCGAAGCGAAAGUUUUCUGCCUUAUUCACAAGAUGGAUCUGAUUCAAGAAGAUCAACGAGAUUCGUUGUUCGCCAUGAGGGAGGAUGAACUGAAGCGGUGUUCUUUGCCCCUCCAAUGUCGCUGUUUCAGGACUUCCAUCUGGGAUGAAACUUUAUACAAGGCCUGGUCCGCCAUUGUCUAUCAGCUUAUUCCCAACGUUCGUCAACUAGAGAUGAACGUGAAAGCCUUCGCGGACAUAAUCGAAGCAGAUGAAGUGCUGUUGUUCGAAAAGGCGACUUUCCUCGUGAUUUCGCAUUGCGAACGGAAACCGCACAAGGACGUUCAUCGGUUCGAGAAGGUCUCCAACAUCAUCAAGCAGUUUAAACUGAGUUGCUCGAAGCUUGCUGCACAGUUUCAGCGCAUGGAAGUGCGGAAUUCCAAGUUUGCAGCAUUCAUCGAGUAUUUCACGUCGAACACUUUCAUUAUGGUCGUCAUGUCCGAUACUACAAUACCUCCCGCUGCCACCUGGCUAAAUAUCAAGAAUGCGAGAAGGUGCCAGAAGGAUUCCCGAAAAGCCUUCUUUUUGCAGCGGGAUGUGACUGUGAUCGUAGGUCGAGGGUCCAGUGCUGAUUUGGUAGUGAAAGCGUCUUAUGUCAGUCGGGUGCACUGCGAACUUCGGGUAGAUACUGGUGGAAAUGUUCGCGUAUUCGAUGCAAAAUCCGCUUCCGGAACGUUUGUCAACGGUCGUGCCGCCGUUGAGAAAGGGAAGGAAGUCGAGGUCAGUAACGGGGACUGGAUUGCGUUCGGGAACCCGGAUGACAAGUUUGUCCUCGAGAAUCGCAAGUGCCGGGUGAUGGUGUGCAAAUGUGACAAGGAGACCAAGGCGAGGAUCAACCGGGUUCUCGAAUGCCUUGGAUGUGUGAGAACGCAGCAACAGUUCGAUGCUCGAGAACCCCCAGAUUACAGCGUUUUCCCAGAGAGUUCAAUUUCAACGCGGUUUAUUUGUGCCUUGGUCUACAAUUCUCAAGUUGUAACUCCGGAUUACUUUCUGGGUUUGGCUGGGAUGAAGGCGGGCAUGCUUCCCGACCCGGAUGCAUUCAGGCCCCCGCCUGAGGACAAACUGAAAGCUGCUGCGGUUCCCAGCGUUUUUGGCGUCGAUUUGAAGAGGUCGAAGCUUUUCGCGGGCCGGCUAUUUGUGUUCGGGUCGAGAUUCACAAUGGACAAUGUUGGAAUUGCUGUCGAAGGUGCUGGUGGAAAAUCCUGCACCUAUGAUCAAGGAACCCAUCGGCACUUUGAUUCCAACACUGUUUACGUACUCCCUGUGGAAACUCCGGAUGCCCCAAUACCUUCUCACAUUCACUGCAAACGCGGCAUUGACGUUCGAGAGAUCGCCUUAGCUAUUAUUUUCACCACCACUGAAGUCUUCACUAACCCAGACCUCGAAUGCGACAUCGAAAACUAUCAAGAUUACGUCAUCGCUCUCAACCACCCAACGCAAAUUCUCCCAGGAUUCACUCAAUCCGUCGAUUCCGCUGCAAACACUGUCCCAAAUCCACCGUCAUCUUUGCGUCCUGUUUCUUUGGACGCGAAUGAUGAUCUCUUCGCCCCGACGAGCAAGCGUCAAAGAUCACUGGACGCUGAUGAUGAUCUCUUCAGUGAGCGGAAAAGUCUUCGCAGUGCCGUAUCUCUAGACGGAGACGAAGAUCUUUUCGGGGAUGAUUCGAAAGACACUGAACAACCGAAACGUCGCAGAAUCGAAGAGGCUGAUGCGGAAGAAGGAGAAAAACGGGUUCAAGAAGUGCUUGUGAAGCGAAACGUGCCUCUGAAGUCAUGCGCCGAUGAAUUCGUGAAGCCGGCUACCGAAGCCCUCCGGAAGCCGUUAGGAGACAUCACAAAGCCGGCCGCCAUAUUGAAGCCGUUGAAGCGCAAGGAUGCUUCUCGAGUCAUCGAAGAGUCGCACGGCAUGUUGAAGCCGUUGACACGUAAGCAAGAAUUAGUCACGGAGAAUAAUCAUUCCACUCAACUGACGGCGAAGAACUUGACGAAAGCGACUGAAAUGAAAUUCCAACCACCUGUCGAAGAAUCAACUCCUUUACAACGAACUGAGGAGCAUGAAUCUGAAAUGAUUUCAGAGGAAACACCUUCUGUGAAGCAGGAGUCGUGUUUGAAUGACACUUGGCUGAACAGAACGAUGCUUCGCUUGACUCUCGAUGACUCGAAGUUGAACUGUGUCGAAACCCGGGAUUUAACUAGGGUUGAAACACCAGCUCAGGAAACGGUUUCUGUUCGUCUUGAUUCGAACGCUUCUGUCUGCGAUGACCGCAGAUUCCGGAAACAGCUGCACUUCGUGGCCCAUCCAUCAGAGAUUGUGUCCGGUGAAACCCUGACAUCGUUCAACACUCAAAACUCUUUCCUCGCGCCAGACGAAGUUGACGAAGUGUCGGCUGUUUUCUCGCGAAUGGAUAGGAUCGAAGAAUCACGAGAGAAUGUGUCCGAGAAAAAUAGAUUCGGUGGGAAGGCGAAAGGAACGAGGUUUGAUGAUGACGUUAGUGUGAAAUCUAAAUUCGGUAAACGAACUGCCUCUCGGGUAGAACCCGAAGUGUCCAGCCUGCGAAGUGUUACCCAAGGAAGCUCUGGGUCUUUUACCCGUUCUAGUUCGCGACCUGUCAAACGAUCCCGGUUUGACUGAUUUAAGUUGUUGGAUUUUCCGAUCCCUCAUGUUACUCAAUUUCCUCUU